UGUAGUACGUACCCAUGCACGUUCGGUCGAAUUGGCGGGUUGCUGGAGCCUUUCGUGUAGCGUUACCUUUUGUCUGCUCAACCAAGGAGGCUCGGUAAAAUAAAAACAAACUCUACCCCCAGUCGACAGAUUUUAAAGUUUGUCGAGAUUUAAACCCGGUCUAGCUGCACUAAACCACCCAUUUUGGCGUUUUUCGCCGUUAAUUCAGUAAUACACAGCACUGUUGACGUUGACAAGGAACCGGAAGGUUCCGCAGAGCCUCGAUGAGCAUGAGCCAACCUACAGAGACAGUUAGUGAUGCUCCCAGCGUCACCGAAGAAGUUUCUCCAGACAGCAAGCUGGCGGCCACUGCUGGAAAGAAGCAGACCAAGAAGAAGGUGGAGGAUGUUGUAGAAGAGGAAGAGGAGGAAUAUGUAGUGGAAAAGGUCCUGGACAGGCGGGUGGUGAAGGGCAGAGUGGAAUACUUGCUCAAAUGGAAGGGCUUUUCAGAAGAAGAUAACACAUGGGAACCAGAGGACAACCUGGACUGUCCUGAUCUCAUCGCAGAGUACAUGACAAAACAUAAAAUAAAUGAUGACAAGAAAGAAUCCAGUGCAAAGAGGAAAGAAUCUGACACAGAUGGUGGUGGAGAAGAUAGUCGGCCUAAGAAGAGGAAAGAUGAGCAAGACAAGCCAAGGGGAUUUGCACGAGGUUUAGAUCCAGAACGUAUCAUUGGAGCCACAGAUUCCAGCGGGGAGCUCAUGUUUCUAAUGAAAUGGAAAAACUCUGACGAGGCAGAUCUGGUUCCAGCAAAAGAGGCCAAUGUGAAGUGUCCACAGGUGGUAAUUUCCUUCUAUGAAGAGCGGCUAACAUGGCACUCGUACCCUUCUGAGGAAGAAGAGAAGAAAGAUGACAAGAACUAGGCUUGGGGCAAGUCAGAGCAGGUGUUAGGCUUAUUUUGCUGUGUUUUCAGGGUGGGUUUGGGACAAGUUUCGAGUUGGGAGAAGAAAAAAAAAAAAGACACCCAAAAUCACUCUAACUCUCAAUACCAUAAAACCUGGACUCAAAUAUAAUUCAGAGCACGAUAUGCAGAAGUGAAGUCAUCUUAAGCAGGCAAAAGUGAAUGUUGUGUCAGAAGACUGGCCAACAGAUGAAUCGCAGGAUCACUGUUUUCCCUCUUUGCUUCUCUUUCUGUUGGUUUAUUAUGGGAAGUAGGGUGUGUAUAUGCUGCAGUAGUUGCUCAGUUGUCAUUCCCGGAUGACAAAAAUGAAUUGAACGUCUGAUUAGUUGUAAACUUGAUGCAAUGGGUCAUCUGUGCAUAUCUUUUUCCUUCUGUAUUUUUCUGAUAAGAGAUGAGAAGGACAUUCAAGUCACUGUGUAAUACGCUGCCCUAAGUUAAAACACAGUAAGUACGCGACACUGGAAUUAAAAAUUAUGGAUUCAUAAUUUGAUUCAGUGUCCACAUUCAAUUUAAGUAGUGUUUGCUAAAUUGAAUGUGUGUAGUUGCUUUGUUUUGUCUAUGUAGGGCAGUAUGACGUAAUUUCUCAAGCCUCUGCUUUUCUUUUCCAUCUCAUCUUUUGAGAUUUUCUCUCGAAGUCAUUUUUUUGUGUACAUACAUUUCUAAAAACAGUUGUCACCUUAUUAGUGAGCAAAUUGCUGUGUUUUGCAGUUGCUGUUUUAGCAGUAUUUUGGAAUUUGUAUUCAAGUAUAUAGUAUUCUUGUCUUUUGUUCUCCACUUGAGGAUAUAUAUUGCAUAAGGAUAUAUUCACAGCCUAGUAAAACUGCAUUUCCCAUAAUCUCAUAUAAAUUCCUAUUUUUAACUAAUAACUGUCUUUGUAUUUUAUCAGUCGCAUUACUGUGUGAAGAGAAAAUCUGAUCUUUAUAUCCCAGCUUUUCUGACUGAUUUUUUUUUCCAGGUUUUUUAGGCUGAUCGAAAUUGCUAGUCUUGACUCGUAAAUACUUAUGAAAAAAUUGACAGACUUAUUGUUUUAACCUCUUUGGUGGUGCUCAUGAAGUCGAAUGUACUACACAGCUUUAAGGCAUCUUUUUAUAUCAUGAACAUUCAAAGGUGUAGUGAAAAGUCUUGCUAACAUUACCGUGCUACAGAUCAGGUCUCACAGUACCACCUUUGCACCAGCAUAAGGUAUUGACUAUAUAAAGAGUUUUUUUAAAUGUUAAUUAAUGUCUGCAGUUGGUUAAAAAAGUGCUCAGAUCACUGGAUACUGUGUUUUUGCUAAUUAAGGUAUUAAUAGUGACACUUUUGCUGCGUAUCUGAGGAGCCGUGAAGUACUUUGUCCUGCACAAUCAGUAAUGUGACUGCAUUAUACUCCUUUCUGAUGGACUCUGUUUUCUCUUUUAAAGUGUACUGUUUGAAGCAUGUUACUUUCUUUCAUUUUCACCUUUUCAAGGGGGAGACAUUUAUCUGUUCAUUACAAAAAUAAACUUUUUUUAAAUUAAA